AUGAGUGAAGGUAGCCAAGAUGUGCAUGUCCAUAAUGCUCUUGGUAAAAUCAUCAUUGACAGCAACAACAAUCCUGAGCAUUUCCUUAUUACCAACCCAUUUUACGACUCUCGUGUUGUGGGUAAAUAUUUUGAAAAGCGGGAUCCUACACUUGCUGUUGUUGCUUACAGACGUGGGCAGUGUGACGAUGAACUUAUUAACGUCACUAACAAGAAUUCGUUAUUCAAGCUGCAAGCUAGGUAUGUGGUUGAGAGAAUGGAUGGUGAUCUGUGGGAUAAAGUUCUUCAGCCUGAGAAUGAAUAUAGAAGGCAACUCAUUGACCAAGUGGUUUCGACUGCAUUACCUGAGAGCAAGAGCCCCGAGCAAGUGUCUGCUGCUGUUAAGGCUUUCAUGACUGCUGACCUGCCACAUGAACUGAUUGAGCUUCUUGAAAAGAUUGUUCUUCAGAAUUCUGCUUUCAGUGGAAAUUUUAAUCUGCAGAACCUGCUCAUCUCGACUGCUAUCAAAGCAGAUCCAUCUAGAGUCAUGGACUAUGUCAACAGACUUGAUAACUUCGAUGGGCCUGCUGUUGGAGAAGUUGCUAUUGAUAGCAUGUUGCCUUUAUAUUGCUUGCCCAAUAUUGCUUUCAUGCACUGA